AGCAGAUAAGCUGAUAAAGAGCCGCCUACAGUCUGUAUAUCUGUACAACUCUGCAAAUCCAAAGACACGCCUUGCAAAGUUUACGGACACAGCAUCAUGGCAAGCCACAACGUAGCUCGCACAACUCGGGUGCGCACCGAAGAGCAGCGACUGCAAGAGAUCGAGAAGAUCAACAAAUAUCGCGGCAUCGAGGACCAGAUACGCUCUCAGGCGGCGUCAGGGACCUACAGCCUCGAACUCUACGACCUCACCACCAAACUCCUCCGUCUCAACCCCGAGUAUUACACAGUAUGGAACGUCCGGCGCCGCUGUCUCUUAUCCUGCCUGCUGUCUACAACAGAUCAACCGGUACCAGAUGCUCAAGACCCGACCCCAGAUGCCAAGAACCAACAGUCAGACGGCGAGGUGCUACAGUCCGAAAUCGCCUUUACCAUGCCGCUCCUGAUGGAGUUCCCCAAGUGCUACUGGAUCUGGAAUUUCCGGCAAUGGCUAUUGUCGCAAGCCAUUCUGCGGCUACCCCUUCCAGCAGCACGCAAAAUAUGGGAAACGGAGCUCGGCCUGGUGUCCAAGAUGCUCAACAAGGAUCAGCGCAAUUACCAUGCCUGGGGAUACAGAAGAUUUGUGGUGGCUCAGUUAGAGAGCGCCAAACUAGACGGCAAGAGCAUGGCCGAGGACGAGUUCGCAUAUACCACAGCCAUGAUUCGACAGAACUUGUCGAAUUUUUCUGCGUGGCAUAACCGAAGUCUACUCAUCCCCAAAGUUUUGGAGCAGCGAGGCGCCGACGACAAGGCCAGAGCAGCUUUCCUGGCCCAAGAGCUGGAUCUUGUACGGGAAGGCCUCAAUGUCGGCCCCGAAGAUCAAAGCUUAUGGUACUACCAUCAGUUUCUGGUGUCUCAAAUUGUUGGAGACGGAAAUGGACAGAGCAUCACGCCAGCUUUAACUGUCGGCGAAAAGAUCGCCUACCUGAAGCGUGAGAUUGAUGAGAUUACAGACUUGUCAGAAGAUUAUGACGACAUCAAGUGGAUUUACGAGGCUCUGUUAGAAUACACUCUGGCUUUGAAUCGACUAGAGGACAGCAGCGAUGGAGCUGGUAAUCUACAAACCUGGCUCACCAAGCUGCGGACUCUUGACCCGAUGCGCGUGGGUAGAUGGAAGGAUGUAGAGCAACAGGCCAGAUGAUGAUGCCUUCUAUGUGGUCGAUAUACCAAGUCACCCCUUGUACGAAAUAGAAUGAGAAAGGAAUUAAUGAUACAAACACCACAGAUCAGGUAAUAUAGAAGCAGAUAACGCAACAACUAUUUUGGGUUAGGAUGAGCGGAUGACUAUUGGACGAACAACAGCUACCCCGCUACAGUACAAAUACAAGCAUUGAAGUACUUACGCCGCUAUGAUGAUUCGG